AUUUUAUAUUACUGAUUUUAUUGUAGUAGCGAGGUGGCAAAGAAUCCAACAUGCACGAACAAGACUCUCUGGAGUACUUCAAUUGUACCGGCUGCCUGGACGGAAACCGGUACUACAAAGGGUUUAGUUUGAACAGAUGGACCAACCAGUUCACUUGCAAGUACCUGGAGAGUCUGUACUUGAAGUACUCUUACAGACAGAGACGAGCAGCUUUGAUUGUUGUUAUUCUAGCCGACGUGUUGUUUCGAGUACCUCUAUUCUUUAUUCCGGGUACCACAAAAUAUGAAGACGAAAUACCCGAACUUGUCAUAUCUGUGUUGUGCGUUGUUAUUAAUUUAGUGUUAGUAGUACUGUGUUGUAGACGUUGGCGGUUGUUGAAAAGUGCGCACUUGAAUAAAGCGGCUAUUUGCUGCUGGUUGGUACUAAUGACCCAUAGCAUCAUAGACUCUGUAAGUUAUCUAAAAAAUGGGUUGUUGUGGUUUUCGGUUUGGUACGGCUUGACUACUAUUUUCAUACCAUAUACGAUGUUUCCGUUAUCGUUGUGUUGGUCAGUGGCAGCUGGGUACGUCUCGGUACUUACCCACCUCAUCCUCGUAGCAAUCAAGUUGUUCGCCGACGACUUCACCACAUACUCCACCGAAGCCAACGCCUCCAAAACUUACCGAUUUAUCUCCACUUGCAUUUUUUUCUUCACUAUCAACUCCGCCGGGAUCUACAUCAAAUUCCUGACAGACAAAAGCCAAAGACGCUCCUUCAUUGAAACGCUCCACUUCCUGGAGAACCGCUGUCGCACCCAGGAGGAAAACAACCGCCAGGAGAGUCUCAUCUACUCCAUCCUCCCGGACUUCGUCGCCAAAGAAAUGAUCAAAGACAUCGACUGCGAGGAGCGGCGAAACUCCUCGAACCCGCAGCAGUUCCACAAGAUCUACGUCCACAAGUACAACAACGUCAGCAUCUUGUUCGCUGACAUCAAAGGCUUCACGGCUUUGGCUAGUAGAUGCACGGCCCAGGAGCUAGUCAAGAACUUGAACGACUUGUUUGCGCGGUUCGACAAGUUCGCUUUGAGUAACCACUGCUUGAGGAUCAAGCUUCUGGGGGAUUGCUACUACUGCGUGUCAGGGUUGCCAACCCCGCGCACCGACCACGCCGACUGCGCCGUCGGAAUGGGGUUAAAAAUGAUCGAAGCAAUCAAAGACAUGAAGACCAAGACAGGAGUAGACUUGAACAUGCGAAUCGGGAUUCAUUCAGGCUCGGUUUUGUGUGGAGUACUAGGGUUAAGAAAGUGGCAGUUUGACAUUUGGUCACUUGAUGUGAGGAUUGCCAAUCGAAUCGAGGCGACGGGUACUGCCGGUCGGGUUCAUAUCUCUGACGUCACGUACCGCUGCUUGACGAAGAAGUACUCCGUGGAACGUGGAAGCGCUAGUAUUGAUGACGCUCUACUCCGAAAGUACGACAUUCACACCUACUUGAUUAGAGAACAAGAGGAAUUGUAUGAAAACGUCCGGAGUCACGAAAUAGUUGUGACCCCUCCACCCAAACGACAGUCGAUUAUUGUGGAAUGGGUGCCCGAAAUACCGUUCAAAGAUUUGCAAAACUGUGCCGCCGAUGACGACAACACAGACAAUUUCAUCUGUUUGGCCAAAACCAGCGGAAAGUACGACGUCGCGAGGAAAGAAUCGGCAAUCGUGGUACCACCAGUCGUCGACAACAUCACCUCAGAAAUUGAAAACAAUCUAAUCCGACAAGGCUCUUUCCUCGAUAAAGUUACGCUGAAUUUCGUUGACCACGAAAUGGAAGAACAGUACUCGCACCGCAAGAACGAAAUGUUCAGAUCAAACACGGUGUUGUUGUUCGUUAUAUGGCUACUGGCUAUGAUUAUCCACCUUUUAAACCUGGAAUACAACGCAGUACUUGUUGGUAUUCUCAGUAGUGCGACUUUAAUUUUGGCCAUAGUCACGUUUCUCGUGGUUGCCGGAAAGUUCCAGGUGUUUCCAAGUUGGAUUCAAAAAUGUUCGCAAGCCCUUAGUUACGGGAAAAGCCGAAGGACUUUUGUGGUCGCUAGUGUGGUCUUCGUCAUGGCUGCAACUAGCGUCGGGGCGCUGCUAACCCAAACUUGUAUAACCCAAAAUGACGGAAAGGGUACUUCUAGUAGUACUACUAAGAGCUUUGUAGCUCAAUUUUUCGAGCACUUUGUUGUUGUUGUAGAAACCAGUGACCAGUGUCAAUCGUACCUGGAAAAUAACCGUCCCCACUAUGUCUUUUUUCCAUGGAUGCUUUGUAUUAUAGCCACCGCUACCGCUCUACGAGUCAACUACUUGAUCAAGUUUUACUUGACUUUUAUGAUGUUGGGGGUAUUCGUAACACUGAUCAACGUACCACAGUACGACAACGUUUUUUUUUGUUGUCGGAACAAUACUUCUGGUACUUCCGACUGCGAUUUAGCCAAUAGUGACUUAACCAGGAUUCAACUGGUGGCACUUCUGGUUAGUUUCCUCUUCGUCAUUGUUUACCACGCCCGCUUGGUCGAAGUGACCACCCGUCUCUACUUCUUGUGGAAACAAAAGGCUGAACAAGAACUCAAUAGCAUUAACGCUACUAGACAAACCAACAUGCAACUUUUGUCCAACGUACUACCCGAUCAUGUCGCCUUACAUUUUCUCAGUAGAGACUACAGCAACGAAGAACUCUACUCCCAGUUUCGUCAAAGCAUCGGGGUACUUUUUGCCAGCAUCCCCAACUUCACCAAGUUCUAUGCGGAAGACAAAGGUCUCGAGUGUAUUCGUCUGCUCAACGAAAUUAUCGCCGACUUUGACGAAAUUCUAGACGAUGAGCGCUUCGUCGGCGUUGAAAAAAUCAAAACUGUGAGUGCCACCGCCACGUACAUGGCGGUAUCAGGGCUCAACCCCACCACCAACAAAGACCCUUUGUUGCUGCACACCCCCCAGCACCUAGGGGCUUUGAUUGACUUCGCCAUGACCAUGAAGCAACGUCUGGAGGACAUCAACAAAGACUCGUUUAACACUUUCAGUCUGCGUGUGGGGGUGUCCUUCGGGAAUUUGGUCUGCGGGGUCAUUGGUGCCAAGAAACCCAUUUUUGACGUGUGGGGGGACACGGUGAACGAAGCGUCGAGGAUGGACUCCACGGGGAUCGCCGGGGAAAUCCAAGUACCCAGACACACGGCUCUGCUUCUAGAACAACAAGGGUACCACGUUAGAAAUAGGGGGUUGGUGAGGGUGAAAGGAAAGGGGUUAAUGGAGACGUGCUUCGUGGUGGGGAAGAAACUAAAGAAGGUGAGAAGUUGUCAGAGGAAUUUCAGCCACACGAGCAGCUUAGGGGCCAUGGUUUACGCGAUUGCCCAAAAUAGGAAAAAGUUUAUCAGUCAGAGUUAUAGGUCCUAAUAAAUCUUGUUAUUAA